AUGGCUUCUGCCGAAACACUACCCUCGGACCAGUCUCGCACGAGUGGGUCGACGAAGCCGUCGCAGGCUUCUACACAGCGUGCAUCCAACCUUCGUCACAUGAAGCUCGGGUUCCACUAUGUGGUUUCACAUGGUGGACUGCUCAUGCUGAUUCCUUUAUUGGCUGCUGUUGUUCUUCGCAUGAACCGUUUCACUGCCGAAGACUCCCAGAUGAUUUUGGAUUUUCUCAACGCAAAUGUAAUCGCGGUCGCAGCUGGAUCGACGUUGAUUCUGUUUGUCACGGCGCUAUACCUCUUCACUCGCCGCAAGGAUGUUCUUCUCGUCGACUUCUCUUGUUUUAUGCCUCCCGAGGAGCUCGCCAUCACUCAAAAGAAUUGUGUCGAAUUCGCUCGUGAGAUGGGAUGCUUUGAUGAGAAGAGCCUGGAUUUUCAGGCCAAGGUUGCUGAACGUUCCGGCCUCGGCGACCGUACCCAUUUACCUCGUUGUCUCCGCAAGCUUCCCAUCGAUCCAUGCGUUUCCGAAGCUCGCCAUGAGGCUCAAAUGGUCAUUUUCGGGUGCCUGGAUGACUUGUUUGCCAAGACCGGCAUUAAACCGAAAGACGUUGGGAUCCUCGUGGUGAACUGCAGCGUCUUCUGCCCCACUCCGUCUCUGUCUGCCAUGGUGGUGAACAAGUACAAAAUGCGCAACGACAUCCAGUCGUACAACCUCGGUGGUAUGGGCUGCAGCGCUGGCCUUAUUGCCAUCAAACUCGCUCGGGACCUUCUUCAGGUGAUUCCCAACACAUACGCGAUUGUGGUAUCAACAGAGAACAUUUCACUGAACUUGUACCUCGGGAACCGUCGCUCUAUGCAAGUCUCCAACUGCCUGUUCCGAGUUGGUGGAGCAGCCAUGCUCCUCACUAACAAGAGCAGCGAGCGUUACCGUGCGAAGUACGAGCUGAAGCAUGUGGUACGCACUCACUUGGGCAAGGACGACAAGAGCUACGGCUGUGUGUUCCAGGAGGAGGACGACAACAAGAUAGUCGGUGUAGCUCUCUCUCGCGACCUCAUGAACGUGGCUGGCGAGGCUUUGCGCACCAACAUCACGACGCUGGGUCCGCUUGUUCUGCCGCUUUCGGAGCAGCUGCUGUUCGCCGCUGUUCUCAUCGCGCGCAAGGUCUUUGGCAUGAAGAUGAAGCCCUAUGUGCCGGACUUCAAGCUCGCAUUUGAGCAUUUCUGCAUCCAUGCCGGUGGACGCGCUGUCAUUGACGAGAUCGAGAAAAACCUGGAGUUGACACAGUACCACGUCGAGCCAUCGCGUAUGGCUCUCUACCGCUUUGGCAACACAUCCUCAUCGUCCAUCUGGUACGAGCUCUCCUACUCGGAAGCACAGGGUCGCGUCCGCCGUGGCGACCGCGUUUGGCAGAUCGCGUUUGGGUCCGGAUUCAAGUGCCAGAGUGCGGUGUGGCAGGCUCUUAGGAGGAUUGAUCCCAAAAAGAACAGAGGGGUGUGGGCAGAGUACUACGAAAGUGCUCGCGGGGAGGAGAUGCAUGCGGAAGCUGUGGCUGACACGAGCGAACAUGCCGAGGCCAACGGGAAAGCAGGUCCUCCAGAAUCGACUCAAACCAAUUCAAGCAGACGCAAGUUGAAGCUGGCAUACCAUUUCAUCGUGUCUAACAGCGGCCCUGUAAUCCUGCUGCCUUUACUGGCAGCGCUUGCCCUUCGCGUGGCUCGCAUGACACCCGAAGACGUGCAGACGCUUUGGGAGUUCCUGCACCAGAAUGCCGUUCCUGUCUUCGUCGCCCUUAACGUCAUCCUCCUCGCCGCCGCCUUGUACUUCGCAAACAGACGCACGCGUAUUCUGCUCGUCGACUACGCCUGCUUUCGGCCUUCGGAAGAGCUCGCCAUGACUCGCGCCGAGGGACUUGACUUCGCUCGACGCACUCCGACCUUCGAUGACAAGAGCGUCGAGUUUCAGACCAAGGUCGUGGAGCGAUCCGGGCUAGGGGAUCGGACUUAUCUUCCGAAAUGCCUGAGGACCUUCCCGAUUACACCCAGCCUGGCGGAGGCUCGGAAUGAAGCGGAGAUGGUCAUUUUCGGCAGUCUUGACGCGCUUUUCGAAAAGACUGGCAUCAAACCAAAAGAUAUCAGCAUUCUGGUGGUGAACUGCAGCAUUUUCUGCCCGACUCCGUCGCUAUCCGCGAUGGUGGUGAACAAGUACAAAAUGCGCAACGACAUCCAGUCGUACAACCUCGGUGGUAUGGGCUGCAGCGCGGGGCUUAUUGCCAUCAAGCUCGCUCAGGAUUUGCUCCAGGUGACCCCCAACACGUACGCAGUUGUCGUGUCUACCGAGAACAUUUCCCAGAACAUCUACCUCGGUACACGCCGCUCCAUGCAAGUCUCCAACUGCCUCUUCCGCCUGGGAGGAGCCGCCAUGCUGCUCACCAACAAGAGCAGCGAGCGUCGCCGUGCCAAGUACGAGCUGAAGCACGUGGUGCGCACGCAUAUGGGCCGAGAUGACAAGAGCUAUGGCUGUGUGUUCCAGGAGGAGGACGACAACAAGGUGGUGGGCGUCGCUCUCUCCAAGGACCUCAUGAACGUCGCUGGAGAGUCGCUCCGCACCAACAUCACCACGCUGGGUCCGCUCGUCCUGCCGUUGUCUGAGCAGCUGCUGUUCGCCGCUGUUCUCAUCGCGCGCAAGGUCUUUGGCAUGAAGAUGAAGCCCUAUGUGCCGGAUUUCAAGCUCGCAUUUGAGCACUUCUGUAUCCAUGCCGGUGGUCGCGCUGUCAUCGAUGAGCUUGAGAAGAACCUUGAUCUCACCAACUACCAAACCGAGCCGUCCCGCAUGGCUCUUUACAGGUUCGGCAACACAUCCUCAUCGUCCAUCUGGUACGAGCUGUCCUACGCGGAAGCCCAGGGUCGCGUCCGCCGGGGCGACCGCGUCUGGCAGAUCGCGUUUGGGUCCGGAUUCAAGUGCCAGAGUGCGGUGUGGCAGGCCCUUAGGAGGAUUGAUCCCAAGAAGAACAGAGGCGUGUGGGCUGAGUACUAUGACGAAGUGGGUGGCCCGGAGAUGUUUGCUGCAGCGCUCGCAGAUGCCCAAGCUCCUGUCAGGCCCAUUCCCCCUUCGUAG